AUGAACCUCACUGUACGCUACAUUGCGCUCGCCGUUAUCUCGGUCCUCUCGCUACAUUACUUGGCCAGCUACACAUCAACAGCCUAUCAAGAUCACGUGGAGACGCUGCGCUCGUCUUGGUCUUCUUCAUCGUCGAAUGCCGUCGACCUCACCAACCCCUUUGCCAACACGCCAAAGGCCAAUGCGACCUUUGUCAUCCUCUGUCGCGAAAGAGACAUCCAAGGCAUCCUCGAAAGCAUUCAAUUGCUCGAAAGCACCUUCAACGAUCGUCCCCAUCAUCGCUACCCAUACGUCUUCUUGAACGAUGACCCCUUCUCCGACACCUUCAAACUACGCAUCUCUCGCGCCAUCUCGUCCACCGUGGAGUUCGGUCAGGUUCCACCAGAGCACUGGGACAUUCCACCAAGCAUCGACCUCGUCAAAGCGCAAAAGGCGUGGGAUCGAGCAAAGAAGGCUGGCAUGCCCUACGGCGACUCAAAGUCGUACAGGCAGAUGUGCAGGUUUCAAUCCGGGUUCUUCUUCCGUCACCCGCUUGUGCUCAAGUACAAGUACUAUUGGAGGAUCGAGCCAAAUGUCAAGUUCUUUUGCGAUUUGACCGACUUCGAUCCUUUCCGCUUCAUGCAACAGAACAAGAAAGUAUACGGAUUCGUGCUAGCACUGCACGACAUUCCUGGCACCAUUCGGACGUUGUGGAUCUACGUUCGACAGUGGUACGAGAAGAACUCGCAUCUGCUCGCACCCAACAACAUGUUUGGCUUUGUCACCAACGACAACGGGCGUGGAUACAACAAGUGUCAUUACUGGUCCAACUUCGAAAUCGCCGACAUGGACUUCUACCGAUCCGAAGCCUACCUCUCCUUCUUCAACCAUCUCGAUCAAGCCGGAGGAUUCUUCUACGAGCGAUGGGGCGAUGCACCCGUCCACUCCAUCGCCGCAUCCCUCCUGCUCGACAGGUCUCAAGUCCACUACUUUGACAACAUGGGCUACCUUCAUGCACCCAUCAUGCACUGUCCGAAACCACCAAAGGCGAAUGCGCUUUCACCGCACACUGGCAGAUCGCGCUGCUAUUGCGCUCACGAAGCAUCGUUCACUUUCGACGACAAUCGCCAGUCUUGCAUGUACAAUUACUACGACGUCAAUGGCUGGAACUCGACAGCGGCAAGGGAAGAGCUGAGGAACAUCCAAGAUAUUUGA